UUGCAGCCCACCUGUCUGAUGCUGCAUUGGAAGCGGAGGGUGCCGCUAUGGAGCGCAGGGAUGGAGGCCACGCUCUGUAUCCACACGUGCCUUUGGCUGAGUGCUGCCUGGAUUUCCCUCGUGACCUCAGACGGACAGGCGUGCGGCGGGGAGCGCGCUCCCGGCACUGACGGCAGGCUGACGUGGGCUGUCAGCUUGGAUGUGCCCGAGGGGGAGCUGGAGCAGCGGGCGGAGGAGCUUGCCCAGACUGCGGGGUUGGUGAACAUGGGCCGCGUCGGGGAGCUCAAAGGCCAUUACCUCUUCACCUACCAGCCCGACGGCCACGCGGCCAGCGAACCCGAAGCAAUAAGGAGGGCGGUGGACACUUUGUUUGCACAGCACGACAGCGUGCGGUGGCACUCGGAAGAGAAGCUUCUGAAACGCUCCAAACGCAGCCUGCACUUUAAUGAUCCCAAAUAUCCUCAGCAGUGGCACCUGAACAACCGCAAGAGCCCCGGGAAGGACAUCAACGUCACGGGCGUCUGGGAGCGGAACGUGACAGGGCGCGGCGUGACGGUGGUGGUGGUGGAUGACGGCGUGGAGCACACCAUCAAGGACAUACAGCCAAAUUACAGCCCAGAAGGCAGCUAUGACUUGAACUCCAACGACCCUGACCCUAUGCCUCACCCUGACGAGGAGAACGGCAACCACCAUGGGACCCGCUGCGCCGGGGAGAUCGCCGCCGUGCCAAACAACAGCUUCUGCACGGUGGGAGUCGCCUACGGGAGCCGCAUCGCAGGUACGGGGGCGCCGACGUGCCGGGCCUGGCCCGGGAGGGGCGGCUUGGCCCUGAGUCAGCCG